AUGAGAUAUCUCUCUCUUCUUACCGCUCUCACGGCUGCUUUGACCAGCACCGUCGCGGCCGCCGGCGUCUCUGGAGCCGCCGAGGGGUUCGCCAAAGGCGUCACGGGUGGUGGCAGAGCCUCCCCCGUCUAUCCCAAGACAAACGAUGAGCUGGUCUCAUACCUGGGCGACAACAAGCCUCGUGUCAUUAUCCUCACCAAGACCUUCGACUUCCGCGGCACCGAAGGCACCACCACUGCUACCGGCUGUGCUCCCUGGGGUACCAGCUCCAAGUGCCAGCUUGCCAUCAACUUGCACUCGUGGUGUGAUAACUACCAGUCCAAGGCCCCAAAGACCAAGGUCACCUAUGACAACGCUGGUAUCCUUGGUAUCACCGUGAACUCGAACAAGAGUCUCGUCGGCCAGGGCAAUGCUGGCGUGAUUAAGGGCAAGGGCCUGCGCAUCGUCAGCGGCGCCAAGAACAUCAUCAUUCAGAAUGUUGCCAUCACUGAUCUCAACCCCAAGUACGUCUGGGGCGGAGACGCUAUCACCAUCGACAAUGCUGACAUGGUCUGGAUUGACCACGUUACGACUGCUCGUAUCGGCCGCCAGCAUAUCGUCCUCGGCACCCAGGCCAGCAACCGUGUGACCAUCUCCAACUCCUUCAUCAACGGUGUCUCGGACUACUCCGCCACCUGCAACACCUACCACUACUGGGCUAUGUACUUCACCGGUUCCAACGACAUGAUUACCCUGAAGGGCAACUACAUCUACCACACCAGUGGCCGUGCCCCCAAGAUCCAGGGUAACACGCUGCUGCACGCUGUCAACAACUUCUGGCACGAUAACUCCGGCCACGCCUUCGAGCUUGGCACCGGCGGCAGCGUCCUCGCAGAAGGCAAUGUCUUCCAGAACAUCCCCACCGUCGCCGAGUCCCCGAUUACCGGCCAGCUCUUUGCCUCGCCCAACUCCAAAUCCAACAAUGCUUGUUCCUCUGUUAUUGGCCGUAGCUGCCAGCUUAACAAAUUCGGAAACUCCGGCCCCUUCAACAAGGCUGAUCAGGGCUGCCUGUCCAAGUUCAAGGGCAAGAACGUUGCCUCGGCCGCCCCCUACACCACCGUGACUGCUAGUGUCCUUGCCCAUGCCGGACAGGGCCACCUGUAG